CAAGAAACAACAUGAGAGAUACAGAAUCACAUCAUCGAGAAAAUCUUUACUCUCAAAACUUUCAAUCAAAAUGGACGGUGUGAAAAGCUUCACCUUUCGAGAAAUGGCGACCGCAACCGAACAUUUUAGUGAUUCAAGUGUCGUUGGCCGUGGUGGUUACGGGAAAGUUUAUAAAGGAGUAUUAUGGGAUAAUACAGCGGUAGCUAUAAAACGUGCAGAAGAAGGAUCAUUACAAGGUGAAAAGGAGUUUUUAACGGAAAUAGAAAUUCUAUCAAGAUUACAUCAUCGAAAUCUUGUAUCACUUGUUGGAUAUUGUGACGAGGAACAAGAGCAGAUGCUGGUUUAUGAGUUCAUGCCUCGGGGAACGUUGCGCGAUUGGCUUAAUGAUAGAUCAGGGAAAACAUUGAGCUUCAGAAUGCGGUUACAGGUGGCACUAGAUUCAGCAAAAGGAAUUCUUUAUCUUCACACCGAAGCCAACCCGCCAAUAUUCCACCGUGAUAUUAAAUCAUCCAACAUUCUUCUUGAUUCUAAGUUCAAUGCAAAAGUUGCUGACUUUGGGCUGUCCAGGCUGGCACCAGUCUUGGAUGAAGAUGGAAGCGGUCCUAACUAUGUAUCCACGCUUGUUAGAGGAACACCCGGCUACCUUGAUCCCGAAUAUUUAUUAACCCACAAGCUGACAGCCAAGAGUGACGUUUAUAGCCUUGGUAUUGUAUUUUUAGAAAUCCUGACUAGUAUGAAAGCAAUAUCACAUGGCAAAAAUAUCGUGCGUGAGGUCAAAAUAGCUCAUGAAACAGGAACAAUGUUCUCAAUCAUAGAUAACAGAAUGGGAUCAUACCCUUCUGAGUUUGUUGAAAAGUUUCUAUCAUUGGCUCUUUGGUGUGUCAAUGAUAAACCCGAAAAAAGGCCAUCUAUGUUAGAUGUGGUCCGCGAGCUAGAGCACAUACUAGAAAAGAUGCCCGAUACGGGCGUUGACUCUUCAGAGUCCGGGUCAAACUAUUUUGUGGAAUCAUCAACUUUUUAUAGCUCAUCAAAUGUCCCGGGAAGUGAUCUUAGCAGUGGUGAUAAUCCUGCGGUUUAUCCUCGUUGAUACAUGACGAAAUUUUGCACCGAAAUGAACAUGUUUUACAAGUACAAGUACAUGUUGUCAAUAAAGGAAGUAUGUUAAGAGAGUUGUAUAUAGAACCUAGAAGGGAAUUUUCUUUUUAAAAAAUAAAAAUAAUAAAUGUAAAUUUAUACCUUUUGCUUCUGUAUAUAAUUUUAUAUAAUGAAUACAAAAUCCAAAUAUAUAUUCUUUUGGGGGUGUUUGGAUACA